UAUUAUGACAAUUACAUGGUAUACCAGACCAUUGCAAUUCCGUUGAAGUCAUCCUAAAAUUUGAUUAUAAAUAUAAAUAUCUACGACAAUGUCGUCUAGCGAAUCGGAAUCAGAGCAAUCUACUCAAUCAUAUGGGUUUGAAAGUUUCAAUAAAGACAUGCACUCUAAUGAAACAAAAAGUUCUAGUGAUGAGGAUCAAUCCAGCGAAAAUGAAAACGAUUUCCAAAGUAAACCAAAAAAGCUAUGCACGGAAAAUGUUACAAAAGGACCUAAAACUUUUUUGUCACCUGCGAAAACGGAUUCCAAUGCAUAUUUUUCGGAACAAUCCAGAAGGAUGAUGGAAAAAAUGAAUUAUGAUCGUACCAAGGGUCUUGGAAAAAGCGGACAAGGUCGUUUGAACAUAGUAGAAAUUUCUACUCAGAAAGGACGUUCAGGACUUGGCUAUGAUAAUUUGAAACUAGAUGCCACCAGUUCAUGCUGGGAUGACUCGAUGGAACAACUGAAUAUACCCGAAAACGUGAAUUGGAUGGAAAACCACGAAGCAGCGAUCAACAUAUAUAGAGACACGCUGGAGAGUUGGGUAAAACGAGGGCAUCCAAAAUUAACUAUAGACGACGAAACGACUUUUUGCGAUGAAGUCAUCUUGAAACAAAUUCUAGAAAAUAAGUCAGCAUUCGACAAACUCUUGCCGAGGGACCUACGGGGAGCACGAGCUAGAUCGAACCCAUUUGAGACCAUAAAAUCGAAUAUUUUCAUGAACAGAGCGGCCGUGAAAAUGGCUAAUAUAGACGCUAUGUUCGAUUAUAUGUUCAGCAAUCCAACAGACGAAUGCGGAAAUGCGAUGGUACGUGAGAAUGAUUUGCUUUACUUUGCUGAUGUUUGUGCUGGUCCUGGUGGCUUUUCCGAAUAUAUGUUAUGGCGUAAAAAAUGGCAUGCCAAAGGAUUUGGCUUCACCCUUCGAGGGGAGAAUGAUUUUAAACUACAUGACUUUAUCGCUGGAAGCGCCGAAACAUUUGAUCCAUAUUAUGGCCCAAAAGAUGAUGGGAAUAUAUUUGAUCCGACGAACAUAGAAAGUUUUACGGAUUAUGUGAUGAAACAAACCGAAUCUGGGGUACACAUUAUGAUGGCAGAUGGUGGAUUCUCUGUCGAAGGACAAGAGAAUAUACAGGAAAUUCUUUCGAAACAGCUGUAUCUAUGUCAAAUAUUAGUAGCUUUAAAUAUCGUACGCACUGGUGGGCAUUUUGUCGUGAAGCUGUUCGAUUUAUUCACGCCGUUCAGUGUUGGUUUAUUGUACCUAGUUUAUAAAUGCUUUAGGAAAAUAUGUAUCUGUAAACCUAAUACAAGCAGACCAGCUAAUUCCGAACGAUAUUUAGUAUGUAAAUGGAAGAUACCGGGCACUGACACAAUUCAAAGACAUCUAUCUGAUAUAAACAGCUUGUUAUUCAACAAAAAAGGUAAAGGAGACGACGUUUUAGAACUUGUCCCCUACGAUGUUCUAAUGGGAGACCAUGCAUUCUUCCAAUAUAUUUGUGAUAGUAAUAAUGAAAUAGGAAAAAACCAAAUAGUUGGAUUAGCAAAAAUUGCACACUUUUGCGCAGAUAGUAACCUACACGAAGAGAAACAAGGAGAAAUUAAAACCAGAUGUUUAAGCCUUUGGAAAUUGGAGGAUAAUAUUAGAAGAAUGGACUCUAGAUUAGCACCGGACUUAUACGUUGAUGAGUUACUUGGACAAUGGAAACACGAGAAGGUAUUCCUCGCGUCAGCAGAGAAAUUGCUCAAUGGUUCGAAGAUUGGAAGUAUGUUCUGUUCUCUUCAUGAUUGGUAUUUUGUGCCAUUGAGCAACGCAGAAAAUUCUGGCAAGAAUACACGCUCGUUUUUCCUGGGCAGAGGUGGCAAAGAAAUCAUGCAAUAUGAUCUAGCACAACGCAGAUGGAUUCCCGUAAAAGAUGUGCAUUUAGAGUUUUUCCCAAGAACCCUAGUUUAUGGCGAAAUUGUUAAAGAAAUGCAAGGGGAAGGAAAAAAACAAACACACAUACAUGCAUUUCACAUAAUUGAUGCAAUAAUAAUAGGUGGCGAAGAUGUACGUAAACAACCUCUCCACGAAAGACUACGCAUAUGUGAGAAAUAUGCAAAGGCCUUAAACAAACCCUAUAGAACUAUCGAAAAUUCCGACACAACAUAUACGGCCACGAUGCCUGUACGAUGCAAAAAGAUGUUUGCUCUAAAGGACAUUGAAUGUUUUUUUGAUCGCUUGGAAAAACACGAGAUCAAGGGAGGGGACGAACGUCUGGGCUACACUGUUCGCAACUCGAAUGAACCCGACAGAUUUUACGUGCCCAGAGCGCUAUUAUUCCUGAGCGGAACACGUGAUGACUAUUUGAAAAUGUUUUCAAAACGCGCCAACAAAUUUUAUUAUUUUCACAAACAACAGAAGACAUCGUUAUUUCCAGAACAGAUGAAAUGUACUGAAGAAACAAUAGCAUCCUUCAAAAAUACUUUCGUUCAUCGUGUUAUAUGGAAAUGGCAAGAGAGGCCUCAAGUGUUCGACGAAGAUGAGAUCAAAAAUAUUACUAAAGAACCACAUCUUAUUUAUCGAAUCGACAUAAGACACUUUUUAACGAAUAAUAAUUGUAAUUGAUCGGAAUGAUUUAAGUAAUAUACAUUGUAUAAAAGAAAAGUAUUUUAUUUAAUCCACAAUUUCUUGUAUUCUUCGAAUUAAGCCAACUUAUCGGUAACACGUUUAGUUCCGUUAAGCUUUUCGUUAGAAAAAAGUUGAUCACAGUUGAUGAGUUGAUGUUGAUUACAAAAUAAGGAAAGAUAAACAAGU